UGGGUGGGGGGAGAUUCUGAUGCAAUCGGCCCCGAAAGGAGGAGGAGAGACAGGAGAGCGCGGGCUGGGGCAGCCACGCCGCUCCGCCUGAAGGUCGCCGCCCUUCACCUUCCUCGGAAAUCCGCCACGCCACGCUGAGCCUCCCCGCCCAGACCUCACUGACGGAGGCCACCUUUCCUCCGCUGAGGCAGCCAGACCUUGACACAAAGGACAUCGCACGGCCGGGGGAAAAUCCCGGAAGGGCGGAUACCUUGACGUCUCCUUUUGCCACUUUUCCUUUAUCGCCCGAGAUAUUUAUCGAGUGCCUACUGUGUGCCAGGCACUAUAUCUAUGUGCAUAGAAAAAUCCUUGAAGGUUAUACUCCAAUAUAUAUACAGUGAUCAUCCCUGCUUGCUGAGAUAACAGGGGUGUGAACCUUAUAUUUUUGCUGCUAUCCAUUUGUAAAUACACUCAGAAAAGGAGGCUUUGGACGACAGGUACUUUCUAAACAUGAUGCAUUUCAAAAGUGGACUCGAAUUAACUGAAUUGCAAAACAUGACAGUGCCCGAAGAUGAUAACAUUAGCAAUGAUUCCAAUGAUUUCACCGAGGUAGAAAAUGGUCAGAUAAAUAGCAAGUUUAUUUCUGAUCGUGAAAGUAGAAGGAGUCUCACGAACAGCCAUUUGGAAAAAAAGAAAUGUGAUGACUAUAUUCCAGGAACAACCUCCUUGGGCAUGUCUGUUUUUAACCUAAGCAACGCCAUUAUAGGUAGUGGGAUUUUGGGACUCUCCUUCGCCCUGGCAAAUACCGGAAUCCUACUUUUUCUGGUACUUUUGACUUCAGUAACACUGCUGUCUAUAUAUUCAAUCAACCUUCUGUUGAUCUGUUCAAAGGAAACAGGCUGCAUGGUUUAUGAAAAGCUGGGAGAACAGGUCUUUGGCACCACAGGGAAACUUGUCAUCUUUGGAGCCACCUCCCUACAGAACACUGGAGCAAUGCUGAGCUACCUCUUCAUAGUAAAAAAUGAACUACCCUCUGCCAUAAAGUUUCUAAUGGGAAAGGAAGAGACAUUUUCAGCCUGGUACGUGGAUGGCCGCCUUCUGGUGGUGGUAGUUACCUUUGGCAUAAUUCUCCCUCUGUGUCUCUUGAAGAACUUAGGCUAUCUUGGCUAUACUAGUGGAUUCUCCUUGAGCUGUAUGGUUUUUUUCCUAAUUGUGGUUAUAUACAAGAAAUUUCAAAUUCCCUGCAUUGUUCCAGAGCUAAAUUCAACAAUAAGUGCUAAUUCAACAAAUGCUGACAUGUGUACGCCAAAAUAUGUUACCUUCAAUUCAAAGACCGUGUAUGCUUUACCAACAAUUGCAUUUGCAUUUGUCUGCCACCCGUCUGUCCUGCCAAUUUACAGCGAGCUUAAAGAUCGAUCACAGAAAAAGAUGCAGAUGGUUUCAAAUAUCUCCUUUUUCGCCAUGUUUGUUAUGUAUUUCUUGACUGCCAUUUUUGGCUACUUGACAUUCUAUGAAAACGUGCAUUCGGACCUCCUCCACAAGUAUCAGAGUAAAGAUGACAUCCUCAUCCUGACCGUGCGGCUGGCUGUCAUUGUCGCUGUCAUCCUCACGGUGCCGGUGUUAUUUUUCACGGUUCGUUCUUCUUUAUUUGAACUGGCUAAGAAAACAAAGUUUAAUUUAUGUCGUCAUGUCUUGGUGACCUUCAUACUCCUGGUUAUUAUCAACUUGUUGGUGAUCUUCAUACCCUCCAUGAAGGAUAUUUUUGGAGUCGUAGGAGUUACGUCUGCUAAUAUGCUUAUUUUCAUUCUUCCUUCAUCUCUUUAUUUAAAAAUCACAAGCCAAGAUGGAGAUAAAGGAACUCAACAAAUUUGGGCUGCCCUUUUCUUGGGUCUGGGGGUGGUGUUUUCCCUGGUCAGCAUUCCCUUGGUUAUCUACGACUGGGCCUGCUCAUCAAGUGGUGAUGAAGGCCACUGAGACCAGAUGGAAAAGGAAACAGUCAAGUUACCACUCAUCAGCAAGCCCUCAUCACAUCCUUUGCAAGUUUACAGAAGCAAACAGAAAU